GGCGUACCGAGGCCGUGCCCACCGGUCCCAAUGAGGGAUCCCGGCACGGGGGUGGUGGGAGUGGAGCUUUGCCUCCUCGUCCCUGAGGCCUGCGGGACCCGCCUCAGCAGGGUGCGGGGCAAGCUCGGCCUAGAGGGGUCUCGCCCUUUCCCUUUCGCCGGUCUUGAGCCCUUCGCUGCCUCCGAACUGCAGGACUAGGCCAGGACCCUCCGGGCAUACACGCCUUAUCUGUUAGCUCAGCAUUCACAGUCUAAGGUUGUGUUCACAGAGCUGCCCUGCUCUCGCUAGAGACUGGUUCUCUUACUGUUCUCUCCCUGCACCUGAGGCAAUCGGAGGGGACCAAGGCACCAGUAAAGGCAGCCAGCUGUUCUUAUGCAGGGUGACAUCGUGCAGUGACACGUGAGCCUACAUGGCUGAACGGGGCUUUUGAGAGGACUGAAGCAUGUGUGAGGGUGCUUACAUUUGUCACAGAGUGGUUAGUGUGUUUCCUCAAAGCUGCUGCAAAGACUCGUGUUUGGGCACAGAGAAUGUGAAUUUAAGCAGAGUAAUCUAGCCAUGGGUAGUGUGAAUAGCCCAGAGGGUCCCUGGCUACAAAGAUUUGCAAAUGGGAAACCCGUGAGAAAACCCAGUCGGCAACAGCCUUGGAAGGCAGCACCUGAUCAAAGCCGAGACAUCAUUGCUUCUGUUCAGUGCAUCUUGGACAGAGAAAAUUCUCUGAGGGAGGUGGACAGGUAUUUGAAGUACAGUGAUUUCCUAGAUCUGAGAAGGACAGAGAUCCUCUACAAAAAAUAUAUUGAGGAUGUUUCAGAGCCAUUUAUGCAGAAAAUGAAGAACCAAAUGGACAGCCAGUCAGAGGAAGAAGUGCGGAAGAGAAGACAAGAACAAUUCUCUCAAUAUUUAAGCUACCAUACAAAGAAGGGCUAUGUGUUUUUGGACCAUUAUGACCCAUCAGAGUAUGAUCCGUUCUUCCAGAAGACGUGCACAGACUGCUGGAAGGAUGAAAGUCACCAACCAGCACAAUGACAGAGCCAGUGAUGUCACCUGUCCUCCAGCUGACCAGAGCAGCAAGCACAGCCAUCAAAGGUACCUUUUACAAAAUAGGUCACAUGCACUGCCAAAGCAAGUGAGAACAGGCCAGAUCUUUGGGGAAACUGCAAUAAACUAAUUGUCUCAAACAUGCAGUUCUGAAAUGUUGUUACCCAGCAGCCAGAGAAAUGUCUGAGAUGCUGCUCUUCUUCUUGCCAGCUCCAGUUCAAUGCUCUACAGGCCAAAACCUGCUUUUUAGGAGGUUUAACUUAGGCUGAGCUCAAUAAAGACAGUGCUGGUGUUCUCUCCUGGAGACAAUGUCCAAGAGGUAAAUCAAACUUUUAACAUACACUGGUGUUUUGAGAAGGCAGGAAAUAAGUAGGGGAGAGGAGAGGGGAAGUGAUGCUGUACAAAACAUCUGGUGCUUUUUGGGGAGUCGGUGCUGAGCAGCAGCUGCUGCCAGUGCCUUCAAACCAGUCCCUCUCCUGUGCCAGUGCAGUCCCAUCUCCCUGCUGGUGUGGCUGCUCAGCAGCUCUGGGCUCAAAGCCUGGAAACAGAAUUUCUCUGUCCUCCAAACUCCCACUGUACAGACACAAUCUCUCAAGAGUUGCCAAGA